AUGGCUUUCGAUGAGGCCCACUCUGAAUCGUCUUUACCUGUUUUCAUGGAAAGUCUCUCUUUCUCAAACGAGCAUCCUCCAGCCCCACGUCUCCUUCCCGUUCAACACCUCAUCUUCGAUAUCCUCGAAAAAGAGAUCCCCCUCAAGCUUCUUAGAGUAUCGAAACCUUUGUACAGUCGAAUCAUCCCGACCAUCUAUAAGCAGGUCACUCUUACCAACGACAACAUCGUUCCAUUUUUCCAAGGGUUGAUCAUCCAGAAGAAACAGGACGGAAACGGUAAAACAACCUUCACACUAGGAGAAAGGAAAUUAAAGGUUCUCUCUCAUGUUGAGAGCAUUAAAUUCAUCGAUCGACCUACCGCCGAGAAAUUUUCAAAAAUGAUGAAAUUUUUCGCUAAUCAGGUACAUCAUUCAUCCGAAUCUCCAAUGGUUCUCCCUUCAGUCGUUGAUGUUCAUCUGGGAACGGAUCUUGUUGAUGUACUAUUUACGACAUUCGAUGAUAUGACUCGUCCUGAAACUAUUUCGAUGAUGUUAUCGGUUUGGAUACCAAUGUUCUUAUUCGCACUUGGUAAACAUGCUCAACCAUCUAUAUUCAGCAUCGAUUGGCCUUUGGAAUGGUCAGGAGAUAAAGAUAUUGAUUUCUGGGACGAACCUGGUUUACCUUUGCCGCCAACUCCUUCUUCGAAAAACUAA